CUUACUCUCUUUUUAUAUCUCUCUCCACUAUUUAAAUACAGAAGUAAUAGAGAAAAAAAUAAUCGGGAGAUGAUCAAGUUCGAGUCAAGAAGCAGUAUGAGAGGUUCCACCUCAGUCCCGGAUCUGUCUCUUCAGAUCAGCCUUCCAAACUCUCACGCCGACAAACCUCUUCACGGCGGUAACCUGAGCUCCACCACAAGCAGCGACUCCGGAAGUAGCCUCAGUGAGUUGAGCCAUGAGAACAACUUCUUCAAGAAAUCUCUCUUGAGUUUAGGCUUUGAACAUCAUUCAUAUCAUCACCAUCAGAGGCACAGCUCAAACAUGUUCCAACCACAAAUCUACGGUCGAGAUUUCAAGAGAACCUCAUCUUCAGUGAUUAGUCUUAAACGAAGCAUCCGAGCUCCAAGAAUGAGAUGGACUUCUACUCUACAUGCUCAUUUCGUCCAUGCUGUUCAACUUCUUGGAGGCCAUGAAAGGGCAACACCUAAAUCAGUCUUGGAGCUGAUGAAUGUGAAGGAUCUAACCCUAGCUCAUGUCAAAAGUCACUUGCAGGAUUUAUGUUUGUUGAUGCAGAUGUAUAGGACAGUGAAAUGCACUGAUAAGGGAUCAUCAGGAGAAGGAAAUGUGGAGAAAGAGGCCGAGCAGAAGACAGGGAACAAUAAUAAUAAUAAUGAAGAAGCUGAUGCUGACACAAAUUCGCCAAACUCAUCAUCUGUGCAAAAGACUCAAAGAUCAUAUUUGUCAUCCACUAAGGGAGUGUCUAUGAGCAUAUGUACACAAACAGAUCCUCACAUGGGAAUAAAUCAUCUCAAUAAGGAUGACGUGGAGGAAGCUCAUCUCAGCUUGGAAUUCACAUUGGGGCGGCCGAGUUGGGGAUAGACUAUGUGUAACCCUCCAGCGACCUAACCCUUCUCAAGUGCUAAUUUUUCACUUGGUGAACUACAAUAAAUUAAUAAGUCAUCUUAAAUUAUCUAUUUAACAUAGUAACUUGUUUGAUCAUAUGGACUUCGGAAGAAUGUAGAUCUUCCAAUAAUGUUCUACAAGUUUUGUUAUGUAUAAACUAGAGAAUCGAAUUAAGUAGUAGCAUGGUAUUGUUGCAGUGGAUGAGAAAGGAGUACAAGUUCAAGUUUUGUUUUCG